GUAAACGUCCUCGCUUCAUUGUCAACUAGUAGUCGUACGCGUGACUUACAACCCAGUGAAAUGGACCUAGACAGCUACAAAACCAACAUUACUAGCAUCAUCGCAGGAGGGUAUAUCACUUCCUCCAUCACUAUUGGAAAGGAGCUGGGAUUAUUUGACGCCCUUACAAACCUGACCACACCCGUUUCUAGUCAACAACUAGCCGACCUGUGUCACCUUAAGGAAAGAUACGUACGGGAAUGGCUGGGCUGUAUGGUUGCCAGCAAAAUCGUCUCCCUAGAUGACUCCGACAACUAUUUCAUCCCCGACAGUUGCAAACCUGGUGUCAACAGAUUUAACUUUGCCUUCUUCUACCCCUUAGUAAAUGUCAUGACUAAAAAGGCAAUAGAAUGCUUCCGAAAGGACGGUCCGGCAGGGUAUGGAUAUGAUGAUAUGCCUGUCGAAUUACCAGACGUAUUAGAUAGCAGACUGGCAAGAGGAAAUCCAUCUACUAUUCUGGAUUCUAUGUUUGAACCGGUUUUAACAAUGAGAGAAUCCUCCACUGUGACAACCAUACUUGAUCUCGGAUCGGGAUCUGGAAUGUUGACUCGUGCACUGGGCAAACGUUUUCCUGACGCCACAGUCUACGGUGCCGACUUCAAUGAAGUCGCCAUUAACAGAGCCAAAGCCAAAACGGAAAACCUUGCUAAUGUGAAGUUUCUCACAGCAAAUGCUGCAUCAUUGCCAAGCGAUUGGACAAACAAAUUUGAUUGGAUAAUUAUGUUUGACGUCCUACACGAUCUUCCAUGCCCAGUAGAAUGCAUGCACGAGGUGUUUCGAGUAUUAAAAGACGACGGUGUGGCUUCCAUUGCGGAUCCAGAUGUUCACAGUCGCCAUAGAGAUAACAUAGGCGACGUGAAUCUUGCCGCGGUAGAGUACAGUCUCAGCUCGAUUAUCUGUCUUCCUAGUAGUCUGUCAAGAGAUGGCGCUGCAGGGAACGGUGUUGGCUGGGGUACAGAGAAUAGGGAAGCAUUUGUGACCGAGGCAGGAUUCUGCGUUAAGAACAAGCGUAGGAUAGGCUUUGAGUGUAAUUUCACCUGUGUCAAAGUUGUAUCAAUGUGA